GUGAUACCAUUUAUUAUGGUGUAUUACUUGAAAUUUUAGAACUUGAUUUCAUCCUUGGAAGGAAGGUUUUCAUGUUCCGUUGCAAGUGGUAUAAUACUGAUCCAAAGGGGAGAACAAUGGUGGUUAAUUAUAAACUGACAUCUGUUGACACAUCAUCCCAGUGGUACACCGAAGAUCCAUUUAUUUUGGCCACACAAGCUCGACAAUUGUUUUAUUUAGACGAUAAAGCUUUGGGCAAGAAUUGGAUGGUUGUACAAAAAGUAAAUCAUCGUUGCAUAUAUGAUAUACCAGAGCAUGAUGCUAAUGUGGAUGCUAGUGAUGACAUAUUUCAAGAGGAAGAUGCUAGUUUCCCAUGGCUAGUUCUAAAAGAGGUGGAUAUCGUGCACAAGUUGGACGUAGUAGGAUUUCUGUUGAAGAUCAACAUGCUACUGAAGAGCUUCGAGCAGGUUAAGUAAAUCAGUGUUUCUAUUAAUUAAUAACAUUUGUUAUUUAUCUCUCAUGAGUUAAUUUUCAAAAUAUAUAGUUCAUUCCCUAAGAGACACUCAAGUUUCAACAAGAGGUGGGUGUAGGAGGAAUCCAAUAGGACAUAGAUCUGCAUCAGAAGAGUUUCAAACGGCUCAUUCUCUAGGAGAUGCUCGAGUUUCAACAAGAGGUGGACGUAGCUGUAAUCCAAUUGCACAUGAUUCUGCAAGAGAAGGGAUUCAAGCAGAACAAGGUUCAAAUGUGCGUGGAAUAACAUGCAGUAAAGGUGCCCGGAAAGCAAUGAGGAGUGCUAAAUCACGAUUGACGGUAAAGUUUGACUUUAACCUUAUGCAAGCAAUAUGUGACAACACAGAGGUUUUCAAUAAUGAAGUUGGAUAUAUCCUGCGUACGUAUUGCGACCUUAAGUACAAAGAAUGGAGGUUUGUACCUGAAGAAGAAAGAGCACCACUUCGUUACAAACUUCGAGUAAGUAUACAUGAAGACUCACACUACAAACUUCUUGUAGUUUGAUUAUUAUUAUUCAAAUAGCGUAGGAUGUGAAGCAUAGGAUCACAUAAAAUAUUCUCCCUCCUCCAUAGAUUUCAAAAUAAGGUUAUUUGAUUUAUAUUAAUUCUAGAUCAUAACAUUAUACCUCUACUAUCAUCAUCUUCCACUCUAAGUUUCAUAUAACCAUUAAUCAUACUUAUUAUUCUCUUUGUUAUGCAGACAUUAUUUGAUGUUGAUUUGGCAGAUGCAAAUGUCAGAAAAGCUAUUGAUAAACAAAUGCAAAGAGCUUGGCAUAACUAUAGACGUACGUUACGUGAACAUUUUAAAACAGUUGGAGGUGCAGGUGAUCUGACGAAGGCAAAGGGUAAGCCUUAUGAGGGUGUUAGCGAAUCGGAUUGGGAAUAUAUAUGUAAUUGUUGGAGCGACCCUUCAUAUCUGCAAAAAGCUUUGAAGAAUGCUGAGUCAUGUAAGAAAAGAAAAUGGAUUUCUAGAAACGGAUCUAAAAGUACAGCACGCCAUCACAUUAGUCGUGGGGUUGAGUUAAAUGCUCAUGUUGGUCAUAUUGAGACGUGGCGUCUACGUCAUUGGCAUCCAGAACGUGGUUGGGUAUCUGUAGAAGCUGAAUCUAAAUAUGUAAGUGUACUUCACAGACCGUGUGUGUUAACCACAACAUCUUUUAUUCAAAUUAAUUAGUUUUACAUUAUUGACAUAUAUACAUGCAUGUUCUGAUGUUCACAGUUUACCUGAUUAAUGAAUUGUUACUAUUCCAUUCAUAAUUUAACAGGAAGAAAUGAUGGAAUUGAGAAGAGAAAAAUCACCUGAAGAUUUAACUGAUAAACAAAUAUUAGAGAAGGUGCUUGGACGAGAAUCUGUUCGUCUAUUUGGUUGGGGACGGUCUCCCACUGGGUCCAAAAGAAGCAAAGGUGAUUCAAAUAUUCCAACUUAUACUCAAUUGAUGGAUCGUGUUUGAGAACUUUCAGGCACUGUUGAAAUGAUGAAAAAGUUGUUGAUUGAGAAGAAUAUUAUGCCUCCCAUGUCACAUGUUCCUUCAGAUCAUUGUUCAGUACCGCUUAAUCGUGGGUCAUCCUCUAUUGAUCGAGGCCAGCAUGUUGACGGUUUUGAGUACUCCACUUCUGAAUAUGAUAAUAUUGUUUAGAAGCAAAAUUCAUAUUAGACUUAAUACUUUGUAGUGUGGCAGCAGCUAGUUAAUGUUUUAUUUUGUUUGGCAAUUUUUGAUUAGCUAAUACUUUGCUGAAAUUGAAUAUUUUAGUUUGAACUAUGACAUUUAUCGUUAUAAUAUAUUAUCCAUUCCCGUGUUCCUAUUAGGCUAUUACAAAAUG